AUGCAGAUAAACAAACAAAUGAUUGUUCGAAGGCAGAACAGGAGAUUCACAAUUAUGGCAGCCGGACCAAAAGGAUCUGGAAAGUCCUCGUUCUUCAAUACCCUGAUAGGAAAGGAGAUUGUUACAUCCAAAGGCCAGGAAGGAAUCGAUCUCUACAUGCUAAAUCUGGACUGCGAGGGUAUCAUGCAGAGAAUUACCUUGAUCGAUACGCCUGGAUUUGGAGAGACCCUUGAUGACACCGAGAUACAGGAGACAAUCUGCAACUUCAUCAAGGCCCAGUUGGACAUGUUCAUAGCAGAGGAGUCAAAAAUUAGAAGAAACCCUAAAUAUGAAGACACAAGAGUUCAUUGCUUGCUGUAUUUCAUACCCUCAACCUCCUUUGGACUCAAGAACAGAGACAUCGUGUUUCUGAAGAAGGUUUCUGGACUAGUCAACAUCAUCCCGGUAAUCAGCAAGUCUGAUGGGUUGAGUAUUACAGAGAGAAUAGAGGUCAAGAGACAGGUCGUAGAGCAGAUGAGACACUACAACAUUUCUAUCUUCGAUCUAGAUGACCCUGAGAUCUAUUCGUCCCCCACGGCAGGAAACGACCUAAACAGCCUUGUUCCAUUCAUGAUUGUUUCUGCAGAUGGAGAAAACCUUGAGUCAAGGGUUCGGAACUAUCAAUGGGGAAGCGUAAGUAUAGAUAAUCCGGAGCAUUGCGACCUUCCUGCACUAAGGGAGUUGCUUCUCAGCACUCAUAUCUAUGGACUCAUUGACUACACAGCAAGCGAAAUAUAUGAAAACUACAGAGCUGCUGUGUUGGAAAGUGAAAUAAAAAAAUAG